GGUGCUGUGAUCCUGGAGAGUCCUGCCCUUCCUGUGACUGAGGGACGUUCUGUGACUCUGCGCUGCCGACACAGAAAGGACAAGGAAAUGAAGGUAACUCCCUCUGACCUCACAGCUGAUUUCUACAAAGAUGGAUCCCUCGUCAGGACUGAGACUACGGGAGAGAUGACCAUCCCUGCAGUAUCCAAGUCAGAUGAAGGACUCUACAAGUGUUCCACCUCUGAAGGAGAAUCCCCGGAGAGACUGAUGACUCUGACAGUCCUCUCUCCUCUUCCAGUCUCUCUGAGCAUCCGUCCCAACAGAUCGCAGUUCUUUGAAUACGAGUCUCUCAUUGUGAGCUGUGAGGUUCAGGGGAACUCUGCCGGAUGGACGCUGAAGAGAUACACAUCGACUGGGAAGCUUUCAGCUUGCGGAACGGACUGGGGAAAACAACAAGGUUUUUCAUGCAUCGUGUCACUAAUCCUACCAGACAGUGGAGUGUACUGGUGUGAGUCUGGGUCUGGAGAACACAGCAAUACUGUCAACAUCACAGUACACGAUACAGCUGGUGCUGUGAUGCUGGAGAGUCCUGCCCUUCCUGUGACUGAGGGAGAUUCUGUGACUCUGCGCUGCAGAUAUCAGGGAACUCCCUCUGACCUCAAAGCUGGUUUCUACAAAGAUGGAUCCCUCGUCAGGACUGAGACUACGGGAGAGAUGACCAUCCCUGCAGUAUCCAAGUCAGAUGAAGGACUCUACAAGUGUUCCACCUCUGAAGGAGAAUCACCAGAGAGACUGAUGACUCUGACAGUUCCAGCUUCAAACCCAGACCCCUCUACAGUCCCAGUGUUGUCCGUGUCUCUGCCCAGGCUGCUGGGUAGUCUACUGGUGGUGUCUCCCUACCUGCUGGUGACCAUCGUACUGCUGGUGAAAUGCAACAGACGUAGGGGCUCAAGGUGAGCGUUAUUUUGAAGGAGAGCGAGGCUGGGGAUCACCUGGUCACCGUGACAACACUGGUCACCGUGGUCACCUGGUCACCGUGACAACACUCAGAAUGGAACACCCGUCAUUCUAAUUCUGUAACCUGUGAUUUACACCCAAAACAUUUCUCCCUUCUACUGGUCCAUAAUAGUGGC